UAACCCAACAGCGAUACUGCAGCGAUACAAGGAGGGCUGUCUGCUGUCGCUUUUUAUCACCCAUAAAAUCAGGAUCCGAGCAGCUUCUUUUUCGUGCUUGUCCUGAUUUCCGCUCCUUUAUUCUUUGCGUCGUGUUGCUGCCAGUCUCUCGUUCUUGCGCACCUUGCGACCACAAGCUUGCUUUUCCCCGCACAUCCACAGCGAACUCCCUCUAUCUCGACAUUUUCCGUUGGCCUCGACGCCAUCAGCGCCUAAUCGUCGAGUAAAUAUUUCCUGGAUUUGCUGCGGGCAGCUUCCAUGCGCAAAUCUAUACUUCCUAAACCACGACCCGACAUUACCAGAGCCUUGCACGCCCACCCGAGCCUGACUCUUUAACCACACCACCGCUUGUCUACUGCUGCUCUUACUACAGUGGCCAUGACGAGCUCCUCCUCCCUUGUAGGAGACAUUAAUCUCCUUGUCGACUCAGUCGGCCAAAGACGGCGUCUCUACCCCCACAACGAAUACCUCUUCGAUGCAGGCCACAGCUUCGAGUCGCUGCCGGCCAGCAACUACCAGGCGUACUAUGCGCAGUCUCUACAUCUGACAGAGACAGAAGCCGCUAGGAAGCGUCGCCGUCGACAACCCUCGCCAUCUCGAACUGCCUCCUCCUACACACACUCAUACAACUGUAGUGUUUUUGACCAUGACGACUUGUACUCCGUGUCGUCGGCCUCGUCGGCGCCGCCACCAAGGCAUGGCAUGCAGCCGACGCAGCUGCAGCGUCCCAUGGUCCCCGAUCCCGAUCCGUUGCCGACACCACUCCCCUGCGAAUUUGAAAGCUUUACAGGCUGCGACCUGCAAUUCCCUCUUGGAGCCAUCGACGGCUGGGUGCAGCAUAUCGUGACGGAGCAUCUCCGCUCCCAGCUACCCAUGGUCACCAUCUGCUGGUUCUGUGACAAAGACGAAGCCAAGUUCCAGGCCCGUUCGUCAUCUUACCACGAUCGCUAUGUAGCAUACCGCGAGCGCAUGCAGCACAUUGCCAUGCACUUUGGGGACAACUCCACCGUGGCUGAUAUGCGGCCUGACUGGGAGUUUGUAGACCACUUGCGCGAUUGCAACAUCAUUAGCAAGGAACGGCACCGCAAGCUCACAAGGUACCGAGAGCUGCAUCCGCCGCCGAGCAUUGAAAUCAAUACCGUUCCAUGGCAGCGCGAGCCCUGGGGUUCAGUGGUCGUUGAGCGAUCCGACCGUCGGCGAGAGCGGCGCCAACGUAUCUAUGGAUGAACAGGAUGACCUCGUUAUGAAUUUGAUAGUUUUUGGAAUGACCUUUUUUGCAUGGGAAUGAACUUGACUUGGCCUCAAAAAGACGGCUUAAAGGAAUUAACAGACUGGCAUACAGGGGGCUUUUUAUUUUUGAGCUCCCCGGCGUUUUAUCCUUGGUUUUUUGUUUUAUCACGGGAAAAGUUUGGACACCGCCUUCCGUUGGUCUGGCAUAAACGACUACUAUUU